AUGGAACAGCUUAAGGUAAAUAAUCUAGAUCAACACCGUCACCGAUUGAGGAACAGCGACCCACCAAGACAUGGAGGUUUACAAUCGAUAAAUCAUAGUCAGUCAGAAAUUUCUGAACCUCAAGUAGCCGCAGAAAAUACAGAACAAUAUAUUGAAAUUACGCGAUGCGAUAACAGUACAUUACAAGAUGAAGACACAAUUAAAAAGAAGGGGACUAUUAGAAAGUCCUGUGGAAAAUCUAGUCGUACUCGACCAUCAAAUAAUCGACACAUGCGAAGUGCGAUUACAUUUAUUUUAAUUACGGCUAGUUUUCUUAUCUCAUAUUUACCCAGUUUAUUAAUUGCCAAUGGUUUUAUUUGGCCUGUCAAUUGGGAAUUAUCUCCAGAUUCAACGAAUGGGUUGGUACAUCCUCAAAAUAUGCAUGUGACAAACUACAGUGGUUCCAUUCUAACCAAUAAAAAUGUAACAGAUGUUUUAAAAUUACCAGUCAUUUCGAAUAUUGAUGAAUUAGUCAGCAAACCAAGUAGUAUGCAACCUAUCCAGCAGCAAUAUCAACACAAUAUAUCGAAGAAGGAAAUUAAAUAUCAUUUAAGACGACUUUUUCACUUUUUAUAUUUUAUUAAUUCGACUGCAAACCCUCUGAUUUAUUUCUUUUUCAAUUUAAAAUUCCGCACUGAAUUAAAACGCUUGGUGAACUGUAUGAAGUCAUGUUUUUCAAAUUAG